AUGUCUCCUUCGCCUCCAGUUGUAGAAGGCUUCCCCGAAUAUCCACCACGCAGUGCGCUCCCAAACCUCACGCUCCCUGCGUCCCUCCACCAUGACGAUAUCAACCCAUGCCAAAUUACCGAAUCCUGGAUCUCAGCUCUCCGCAAGAGCAUCCGCGAAAAGAACACUGCCGACCUUUCGAAUCUCUUUGUUGAGGAGUCCUGGUGGCGCGACCUCCUUGGCCUGGGAUGGAAAAUAACGUCCAAAUAUGGCCCAGCCGCCAUAUCCAACUAUGUCCUCGGCUCAACCACAGCUGUAGAAGUCACCAAUGUCAUCACAACUCCGCCACUACAUCCCCAGAUUAAGACCACAGGACCCGCUACUUACAUCCAGGCCGGCUUCACACUCACAACGAAAUUCGGACACGGAAGGGGCGUAGUUCGCUUGGCGUGCGUGACACCAAAUGAGUGGAAAGCAUGGACUGUAUCCACGGAACUAGAACGGCUGACGGAGAAUAUAAAUGGGGUUACUAUUGUAAAUGGCAACACGGAGACCAAAUCGGAAGACGAGUUCCAAGUCCUCGUCAUUGGUGCCGGACAAUGCGGAGUAGGAUUCGCAGCUCAUCUUCAGCACAUGAACCUUCGAUAUUUACUCAUAGAACAACACCCCCGCGCCGGCGACUCAUGGCGCAACAGAUACGAUACGCUCAAAACCCAUACGCCAAAUUCCAUGGACCAUUUCCCAUUCUUACCAUAUCCCAGCACCUUUCCCAAGAAUAUGCCCAAAGACCAAGUCGCCGACUGGAUAGAAAGCUACGCCAAAUCCAUGAACCUCAACAUCGCCACCAGCACCACAGUCAAAAACAUCCACCACAAUGAACAUUCCUUCACAAUCGACCUAGACGUCAACGGUGUCUUACGAACCGUAACCUCCAGACACAUCGUCCUCUCGACAGGCCUACACAGCGACGAGCCCAUCCCCCUCCGCGUCCCCGGAACGAAAACCUUCCGCGGCAAACUCUACCACUCCUCGCAACAUAAAUCCGCGUCCCAAAUGCCAGACGUCGAAAAUAAGCGCGUCACCAUCAUCGGCUCAGGAACAAGCGCACACGACACCGCGCAGGACUUUGCACAGCACAACGCCAAACAAGUGACGCUUGUUCAGCGCAGCCCCAUCGUUUUCGCAUCCAUCGAGUCCCUUGAGAAGUUCCUCCUCCCGCAUUGGAUUGACCCGGGUGUACGUGUUGAGGAUAAAGAUCUCAUUGACAAGUCCAUGCCCAAUGCGCUGGUGCUUACCUUGGCGGCUGGGGCGUCUCAUCUGUGUACUUUGCAUGAUAAGGAAGUGCUGAGUGGUCUGGCAAAGGCAGGCAUGGCUAUCAGAACAGGUGAAGACGGUAUUGGGCUUUUAGAUCAUCUGUAUAUGAAAGGUGGGCAUAUUUACAUUGAUCAUGGUGCAGCGCAGAUGAUUGUAGAUGGACGGAUCAAAGUCCACAGAUGUAAAGGCGGUGUUAAGGAGCUUUACAGCUCGGGAAUCGAGAUGGCUGACGGAACAAGGAUUGAGUCUGAUGUUGUUGUUACGGCUACUGGGUUUGAGAAGAACGGCAGUGUCGUCCUUGGCCUUUUUGGCAACGAGAUUGCUGAGAAGGUUGCGGCCCACGACUGGGGACGUCUAGAUGAGGAGUCGGAGCGUAAAGGUUGGUGGCGGCCGACUGGCUUUCCUGGAUUGUGGUGUAUGAAGGGAGCGUUUAACUGGAGCAGGCAGUAUUCAGGGUUGCUAGCGAUGCAGAUUGAUGCUAUUGAGAGAGGAUAUAAUGACGAUUACUAUAUGGUGUGA